AUGUGCACCUGCGAAUGGGUCCGUUUUGCCUGCGGCCAUGAAGAGAAGCGCCGCUACGUCGCCUGCACAACCCUCUCCGAAAUAAAAGACAGCUCCGAAUGUCCCUGCGGAAGCGUCGACUUUACAGUUAUCAGAUCACUGAGACCAUGCGAAAAGGCCGAAUGCACUUAUAUCGAGUGCAUGCUCGAAGGAUGGGCUUGCUGCAAGUGCAAAAAGGGCCCAAACGAGGGACACGUAUGCAAGCAGGAUGUUAAGCCAUGGCGAUGGGAAUACGUUGGAUGUGGACAUGGCUAUUGCACAAAUUGCACGCCGUGGAGGGACGGAGAGAGGAACAAGGGCGUCCAAGGACAGAAGAAUACUCAUGAAGGACCUACGAGAAAAAGGUCCAAGAAGAUUCGCAGAAGCUGGGAUGUUAUUGCCAGAAGGAGUUAG